AUGAUGAGCUCGAAUCAGUUCCAGCCGUCUCAGGGCAGCCAGAAGCCUAAUAUCAAAGCUCCUGCCGUUGCUGAACGACUCAAUACCGGCAUGCGCAGUAACUCUUCUCUUAACCCCGACAGUGCCCCUUGGACCCCGGCUUUGGUCCCUGAAGGCAUGCCUCCUGUUUCUCAGCAGGCUCCUCAUGGCUUUCAUAAUUCUUACAACUUGCAUCAUUCACCCCUGAACACGACUGAGUAUGUCGGUAACAUGCAAUCCCGCAUUCCUUUCGGUCAACAAUUCGGCCAGGAAGCUUCCAUCGUGCACAAUGAACAUCAGCAAGAUGCGGAGAAGGUCGAGCCCCUGUACCGGACCUUAUACGAUCCCAGCGGCAUGGUGAUUCCUCAAGAGAACCUUCUUGACACUGCCGGUACCUCUAGCACUAUCUCUGGCAUUCAUGUCCCAGGCCACAUCGCUGGCCUUGGAGGCCCGUCUGGCUUCCCGCCCCCCAUCCCCCCCAUCCGUCCGUUUGAACCAGCCCAUGGAGUGAUGAACUCACAGCCUGGCUUCGCGUCGCCUAAUGUUUUCAACUUUGGUGGCACUGAUAGGUACAUUGACCAAGCCGGCUUCACGGGGGGAACGGCUCGCAAAACUGGACUUACAUCGCUUGCUGGAAGCCCUUUGAAGCAUUCCUACAGCAACAAGGGCGAAACUGCCGGUAAGGUCUCAUUGCCUCUCACUCACAGCUUCUCUCAGCCGACUCAACGAGGAAGCCUUGUCACCAGCCAUUCAGCUGGCAUCAUUGACCUUGACAUGACUCCGACUCCUAUCCGAGGUCGGUCCUUGCAAUCUCAGGAUACCCCUUGCACUGCUCGUUCUGCAGGCUUGGACACUAAUUACAGGGUACCCACUGGAUAUCAAGCCCCCCCGGCUUCUGAGAACCGCAUCACUGGUCGCCAGACUGUUGGUCUGCGUGGUGUUCCAGCCCCUCCCCCUCGAUUCAACCUUGACCCGGUCCAAGGUAACAGCUCCGUCGAGAGCGUCCAGGUCGAGCACGACCCUUUUUCAAGCCCUACUAUCGGUACCAGCCUCGUUGUUGCGAACCACUCAGCUGUCCAUCAUGACAUUGUCCAGCCGCUCACUGUCCAGCCCAUGCUGGAAGAUAUCAGACAACAGCGGUCCGUUGCUCUCAAUAACCUCACGAGCAGCUGCAACGGCCUCCCCAGCGCCGCGGUCGCCUUGGCCACUGAGAACUUCCCAUUCAUUGUGACCGCUGAACGACCCAGAGUUCCUGAUCGUGGCGUGGUCAAGUUGCUUAACAUUCCUUUCAUUACCACUCGUGCCGAAGUCAUUGCCUUCCUCGGCCGCAAUUCAAAAAUGCUCAACGACUUUGAGGAGCCUGUGCAUAUUAUCAUGGACAGGGUUUCGAGCAAGACUAACGACGCCUAUGUCGAAUUUCAGACCAUGGCCGAUGCCGUUUCUGCUGUCGAUCGCUUCGUUCUAAACUCUAGCAAGGGCAAGUCUCCUUUCGCCAAGGAAUGCCCUCAGCGAGCGUUUGAGUGCCUCAUCAGCACGCUGAAGAAGCUUCCUUGGGACUGCCACGACUUCAUCACGGUGCGCCAGCGCGCGGCCAUCCAUCGAGCUACUGUGGAACUCGUGCGCAUCUUGUUCUUUAAGGUCCGCAACCGUGUCGACGAGGUGAACCUUACAUCGCAGCUGCUGAAACGGCUGGUGCUCAGCGCCAUGACCUGCGCGGGAUUUACCCCCCUCCAGAAGGAUGACAUUGCCUACAUUGUCGAGAUGGACUCCAUGCAGUCACGAUCGCACGGCCAACCUCGCUUUGCUGAUUCUUGGUGCCAUCUCUACGCACUGAGCCCGAAGCCUGACGUGCCGCUGGACAUGCUCGAGUGGUACAUUGCUCUUAUUCGCGAGGAGACGAACCGCACCGUCGCCGCCCUCCCCAUCGGCCACCGAGCUGAGCUGGAGCGCUUAGCUGGCUACACUGAUGGAUACUUUGGCUACAUGUGGGCCGAGAUCCAGCGUCCCUUUGGCGCUUUGACCGACCAGAUGACUCUGGGCGCCUGCGCCCGUGCCGAGAUGAUGGCCAUUGAGCAGAUAAUUCGCCGUGCACUUGGUGGUUGA